AUGAAACAAUGUAAACAGUGCAGUGCGGACGGUGCUGCCGAUCACGGUAAACAUGGCGGCGACUGUCAGGACCGUAGACCAGCAUCGGUAACGAACGGUGGUGUCCCUGCUACAACAGCGGCAACAGCAACAUCGACCACUACGGCGACGAUGGCUUCGCCGCUGAAGACGCAGCAGCCGACAGCAGCCGGCAGCGGCGCGCCCAAGUCUUCCACGCGGGAAGUGAAAAGUGAAGGCAAGUCGUCGUCGGCAGCGGCCAGGUCUUCGAAGGCCCCGCAAUCGGCGCUGCACCACCACCAUCACCAUCCGGCGGCGCAUCCGUACGGACACCAUCCGCUGAUGCUGGGUGGAGCCGCUGGACCUGGUGGUAAGGUGGCCAACAAGCUCGCAUCGGCCGCCGGAGUCGACUCGCUGUCCGCGCUCCAUCUGCUGCCGGCGCACCUACGAGACAUGUUUCUGGCGGCGCAUCUGCUACGAGGUUACUAUCAGCCGGCAGGGCCGUUAAUAUCGCCGCACCUGCUCCCGCAGCAUCCGCCCCAUCUGUCGCAGCACGGCGGGGGGCCGCUGAGCGGGAGCAAGAGCAGUGGCGCGGAGUCCGAGUCGCCGCUGCAGGGUCCCCCGCAGCCGCCGGCCUCGACCACCGCAGACAGUACGGAUAGUGAUGUACUGCUGACAGGUGGUGACCUAGCGCCACGCGGCCCAGGUCCCUACGGCGGGCACCACCGGUACGGUCCGGCGGCCGGGCCACCGCCGGCCGCCCAGCUCUACCCGCGCCCGCUGCAGAUGCACUGUCCGCCGACCUAUCUGCCGGCGAACUACUACGCCUCGCCGUACGGCCAGCCGCCGCCUCCGCCGCCGCCGCCACCGCACGACAUGUACUACGCGCACGCGUACCCGCCCCACUACUAUCCCAAGUUUCCGCCGCAGUACUAUCCGACGCGCCGCCAGUACUAUCCGGGGCCGCCCGGUCCGCCCGGGCCCGAGCACCUCUACGAACAGCCACCGCCGAGCAGUGCGCCGGUGGCACCGCCACCGCCGCCACCGGCCGGGGCGCAACUCGUACCUGCCGGACCGCAAGGCCCACAGCACCUGGACCACUACCCUUACGCGUACCCGGGCUACGGCAGUCCAGGGCCGGGUUCCGGUGGCCAGUGCUACACGCGCAACCUGCAACACCCGCCUCCGUAUCUGGAUGCGCACUACACAACCAAUUGCCCAUGUCCGAUGCAGUGUCCAAAAAACGUCAAUGCUGGGUCCCUUAUUGGUAUCAAGGCCAGUAAGGGCCCAGUAGCCACAACCAACAACAACAACAACAACACCAACAAAAACAACCAUAUCGUACAAAGCCAGACGAGCACGGCGGAACCGCUGUCGUCCAGUUCGUACCCGGCAUCGUCAUCCUCAUCGGCGUCACCGGCGCCCAUCGACCUGCACGCGCCCAUCGCGUCCCCGAUGGCCGAGACGGUCCCGCAGGCCCCGGCCGCUCAUGCGCCUCCGCAGCACACCUACCCACAUCACCACCAGCCGCUGCAGAGGCCACCGCCGGUUGAGCACCAUCCUCCCGCUCCACCGCACCACACGGUUCCGUACCAUCUUCACCAUCCGCGGCACGGCGGAGGUCUUCCGCCGGUGGUGGUAGUAACCACGGCGCCGGAAGUAACCCCUCCGGCUGCCCACCAGCCUACCAAAGUGACGAGCGGCAGCGGCGCCGAAACAUCGCUGCAGCAUCCCGUCAUGACCACGGCACCGAGCAACGGUAGCGGAGGUGGUGGUGGCAGUGACCACCUGCACCCAGCGCAGAUGUGCUACAAAGCGGAGCAACUAAUCAAACCGGAAACGGCACCGACCACCCUGAUGCCGGACCCGAUGCACUACGGUGAUCCGUAUCUGCACCACUACCACCAUCCGCUCGGAUACUACCACCAUCCGAAGUUGGCCGACUUGAAGGACGACCUACACGGGCAGCUGCCCCCGGCACCGCCGGGGUCGCAGUACACGAUGGCGCGACUCGAGCCGAUCGAUCUGCACGUGAGCCCGCCGCGUGGUCCAGCCGGCCUGGGCGAGAAGGCGAUGCAACCGGCGAGCCUGGUCGAGCUCGAGGCCGAUGGUAAAUUGGACGCCCUGCACGGGAGCCUGCUUCCACCGACGACGGUCGUUAAGCGGGAGAUGGAAGACUUCAAGCUCGUUUCACUGGCAGGCGAUGCCGGUGCGACGACCCUUAAAGAGGAGGCGAUGUGCAAGAAGGAAGAUUUCGAAGAAAGGGGCCUGGCCAUGACGCCGGAGCUGUUGCCCCUGCUGGACGACCGGCCGCUCGUGAUCAAGAAGGAUUGCGACGACGAGAAGGACAACGUCGGCGGUGUGGCGACAACGGUGACGGUGGAGGGAACGUUUCUUCAACCGACCCACCGCAUUCAGCACCAUCCGCUUCACCACCAUCCGCAUCACCACGUGCAUCUUGCCUCGCAUCAUCACCACAGUGCCAGUACAAACCUCCUGCAUCAUCCUGCUCGCCACCACCACCUGCACCCGCAGCACUACGGCGGCAGCAUGCAGCUGGUUCAGCAGCCUCCUGCGGCCGCCACUCUCCGGCCCGAGCAGGCGAGCACCGAAAUGGCGGACACCAAACUUCCUAUCGCUCCGCGAGACUGCAAGAGUGACCUGGCCGAGCUCGUCCUCACGACGGAGUCCUCGAUGGCGUCCGAGGUGCCACCGCCGCCGUCACCCGCGACCACUACGUCCAGCACCAGCGUGAUCUGCAUCAGCAGCGACACGUCGGGGUACGCCGUGGGCCACCAUCCGAGGGAUAUCAGUAGUGAUAGUAGCAUUAGUUUUAGCGAUAGUGUCAACCCCAGCAUGGAUGGUGAGCCGGCGUCACCGGGCUCCGGCGCCUUUCCUGCGUCGACCGUCAAGCGGAGAGCGCUGCUGGUGCCGUGCAAGAAAUCCACCACCAAGCAGUCGCCCCCGAAUAGCUAUAAGAAUCUGAUCAAACGUACAAAUGGCGACCACCCCGAUGAGGGGGGCGAAUUUCGGGAGGACGAAAGUUUGGUGCCGGUCGAGCUGAGCGACGACGACGACGAUGACGACGAUGAGGAGGACGAGGACGAAGAGGACGAGCAGGACGAUGAGGAGGAGGACGUGGAGAAAGUGGAAACGGCGGAACAGGCCAGGCAGGCCGCUCGGAUGCGAGCGAAACGAGGCCGCCUCGCGUCGAAGAUCGCCAUUUGCAAGAAAAUCGCAAAGAUGGUGGUGCCCGGAGGGCGCCGAAACUGUCCCAGCAGCGCUAGUCUUAGUAGCGGCAGUGCCAGCGGCAACGGAAGCAGGAAGCUUCUGCUACUGACACAGCCGCAUCACAGCCGGUGGGCGUUCAAGAACCCUAGUCCGCCCGCGUCUCGCAGGCUGGUGAAGCGAGUGCAUCGGGUGUUCCGAACGAGCAUCGAAUCGCUCCGGAAGCUACCGCCACGGUUGGGAGGUGGCCUAGUGCCCACAGCACGGCGCCAGCGGUUUGUUCGCAAGCUACGGCUUUCGAAGUCACCCGCACGAUCGGUUUCUAACGGAGCGUCGGACACACAAACGGCGUCAUCGGUUGAACGUGCCAGUGAAGUUACCGUACUGCCACUCAAUACUUCCGUCACGGAGGUCGACCAGGCACAGCUCCCGGUUGCGGUGAACAACCCGUUUGACAGCUCACCAGAACCGACGGUCGACGGGGCAAAGGAUUCGAUCACCACCGAGCCGGUGAAGUCGCCCCUGUCGAAUGUCGAUCGAACGAUCGAUCUUGUCGCGAAAGGAUACUUUUCCGAGCCGGAAAUCCUGCCGACCGAUCUGCAAAAGAGUGCGCACUCGCGGUCCUGGUUGAAGAAGGUUAAACAACAGCAGCAACAGGAAGGCCGCUCGCACUCCGAGCAAAGCCGCGGGUCGAAACGUGAUCGCGAUCGCAGCAGCGAUAGCGCCGGAACGAAGAAAACCAAGAAAGGUGCCGCCGCAGCAGCGACGACACCUUCCACCGAAAACUGCACCGUGGUGGAGAAGAAGACCAAGUCCAAGUCUAAAACCCCCAAGUCGGCCGGAGACGGUCUGCUAAACGAGACCGAUCAGUUGCAGCCAGAUGCGAGUCAGCGAAAAACCAAAAAUAAAUCCAGUCGCAAGGAGUCUAAAAAGGAGUCCAAGAAAGCGAAGAAGAAGAGGAAGCUUCAAGAUGGCUCCGGCGACGAUCGUAACAAGGAGCAGCUCGUCGUCGGGGAACCGAUUGCCGUGGAGGGUGGACUUGAUUCCGCUUACCAGCGCGCGACUUCGACGCCAAUUCGUACUCACGGGGUGGACGAUACGGAGGUGGAUGACCAACAUGGGGCCGGUCCGUGCGAUGAAAGUGUGGCUGGCUGCCCACUGGAUCAAUCGUCGGUGAUUGACGACCGGGAAACGGACUUCGAUGAUGCGGCCACGAUGCUGGUGGAGGACGACGUGGCCAGUGUCGACACCAGUGUGCUGAUCACGCGCCAUAAUAACAACAAUAACAUUAGCACCAUAACGGAUAAGAACAAUCCGGCCGACGAGCAGCUGGUCGUGCUGCCCGCACAUCCUCUCCAGGCCAUCAUCGCCGAUGGCAAGGAGGGCAGCGAACUGGAGCCACCCGAAGGCAUGGAACCGUUCUUGGACGACCCGAUGGAAGAUCCUGAGGACGUGCUCCAGCUUCAGGCGGGUGUGACGCAUCAGCAGCAGCAACAGCUAUCGCUACCACCACCACCACCACCAGCGAUGAUGCAGCCCCAAAUGAGCACCGAUCGUCCGAUGCCGAUGCAGACAGACUACAUCGAUGACUACGAGUACUACGACGAGGAAGAUGAACUGCCGCCGAAACGUGCCACUAGCCGGACGAUCAAGCGGAAACGGACGCGACCGAAGCCAUCGAAAAAGUUCAGCACCAAAAAGCGCCAUCGUCGGCCGUCAGCUCACAGGUACGAGGUAGAGGAGUUUAUAGUCCCAAGAAGGUGCAGCAAUAUUCCGCGCUGGAGCAACGGCUGGACCUGGGAGGGGCAACCGUUUCAGGGGAAGGUGUUUUUGAACAGCGAUGAUGCACCGGUUCUUCGGACAUGCUACCCGGCGAUGCGCCACUCGGAGGGCGACAUUAUCAGACCGCGAGACUGUGUGCUUCUACGGGCCGGCAAUAAACGCUCGGAAUUGCCGUACGUAGCGAAGGUUGCUUACCUGUGGGAGAACCCCGAAGAUGGUGAGAUGAUGAUGUCAUUGCUUUGGUACUACCGGCCGGAGCACACCGAGCAGGGCCGCCAGAGGGCAGACGGACCGGACGAAGUGUUCGCUUCGCGGCACAAGGACCACAACAGUGUGGCCUGUAUCGAGGACAAAUGCUACGUUCUGACGUUCAGCGAGUACUGCAGGUUCCGUCGCCAGAUGAAGGGCUUCGAGGAGAACGUCGAGGAACAGCCAUCGAUUGUGCCACCGCCGGUGCAGCGGAGAGAAAACCCACGCCUUCCACCGCCCGUCGUGUCGCCGGAGCUGGUGAUGUACUGCCAGCGAGUAUACGAAUUCCGACUGAAGAGGCUCCUCAAAACCACAUCCUAGUGAC